CCUAAUUCCUCUCUAUUUAAGUAAUUGGGACAUCAGCCGCUCCUCAUCUCCUUCUUAUUUAAAAAUUUCCCAUCCCCUCUCCCUCUUCUCGGCAAAGACGAGCUCCGACCGAAAGUUGCUGAGGACUGCCGAUUUCCUCCAGUGACGCCGCACGCCGUCGUGUCUUUCUUCACCGGCAAACUCGCGAGCAGACGCAGAUCCCAGCUUCCAAUCGCCAAUCUUAGCCUUUCUGUCAAUCCACCAUAGCCGCGCGACUCCAUCUCCGAACAGCAACAGCGGCCCGCCGUGAUGACAGCAGCUUCCGUCCGUUCAUCCGACCCCUCGUCAGCCCUCCCCAGGCAGCCACGACGAGAGCGAAUUUCUGAGAGGCCAACUUCAGGCGACUGAGGGAGAAUCAUCUAGCGACGGCAAAUUCCGAGAGGCCCGACUGAGAACAAACAGAUGGCGAUUAGAGCAUAUUCCUGGCGAGCACACCCGAUUUCCGACGAAUUUCAGUCAGCAAUGGCUCGAGCUCUGUCCGACGACUUGUUCUCGGAGCAGUCAGCGAUGGCUCGAGCUCUGUCCGACGACUUGUUCUCGGAGCAGGUUCGUCUUCUUUUCUGGCGGGUCGAGCCACCAGCGGCGAGGUCGAACUAUUCACUGCGAUACGAGCUCUGUUGCGGCGGAGCAGGUUCGAGGCACUACCGACGAUCAGAAUCCCGUGGCUGACGAGCAGGUCAGGUUGGUCGCAAUCGAGGCUCUAGUUUCUGGCGAUAUUUCGAGGAUGCUAACAACCCGAGAACUCCUCUGACCGAGAGAAAUUUCGAGCACCACCUGACGGACAGAGGAGGGCUGGGAGCUGAUGGGGCACGAUUGAGAGCAACAGCGGGCCGGGCCAUUUCCGAGAGUGACUGGGAGCAGCCAGGAGUCUAAUAAAUCGAGCGUCUGGCUGCAGUGAUCCGGGCCCAUUCUUCCAAAAACAAGAGCCCAUGUUGUGUAGACAAGACCCGAAUCUUUUUCCCCAAUUUAUUCCAGACGAAAGCGGCCCACCUCCCUCAUCGAGAAUCAGAGCAUCGUAUCUCGCGGAAUUGAGACAUCAGCCGCUCCUCAUCUCCUUCUUCUUUAAAAAUUUCCCAUCACCUCUCCCUCUUCUCGGCAAAGACGAUCUCCGACCGAAAGUUGCCGAGGACUGCCGAUUUCCUCCAGUGACGCCGCACGCCCCUUUCUGUCAAUCCACCAUAGCCGCGCGACUCCAUCUCCGAACAGCAACAGCGGCCCGCCGUGAUGAGCAGCAGCUUCCGUCCGUUCAUCCGACCCCUCGUCAGCCCUCCCCAGGCAGCCACGACGAGAGCGAAUUUCUGAGAGGCCGACUUCAGGCGACUGAGGGAGAAUCCAUCCAGGGACGGCAAAUUCCGAGAGGCCCGACUGAGAACAAACAGAUGGCGAUUAGAGCAUAUUACUGGCGAGCACACUCGAUUUCCGGCGAAUUUAAGUCAGCGACGGCUCGAGCACUGUCCGACGACUUGUUCUCGGAGCCGCGGCGAGGUCGAACUAUUCACUGCGAUACGAGCUCUAUUGCGGCGGAGCAGGUUCGAGGCACUACCGACGAUCAGAAUCCCGCGGCUGACGAGCAGGACGCUAACAACUCGAGAACUCCUCUGACAGAGAGAAAUUUCGAGCACCACCUGACGGACAGAGGAGGACUUGGAGCUGACGGGGCACGAUUGAGAGCAACAGCGGGCCGGGCCAUUUCUGAGAGUGACUGGGAGCAGCCAGGAGUCUAA